GCUCACCUUCCCCACUCCUUGCCUCCCAUCUCUCUCUCUUUCUCUUCCUUCUUCUCCUUCUGCCAACAAUUAAAUCCCCCUUCCUACUGCAGAAAAAUAAAACCCUAGCUCACUCUUGGUCUUCCUCCUUUUUCUUCUUCCAACCAGGCCAAAAGAGACAACGUGCGAACGACGGCGAUGAUGACGAGGCCGGCCACCUUAAUUUUCUCGUCUUCCGAUCUCUCUCGACCUCUUUGACCUUUCUUCUCCGUCGCCGACAGGAAGCUCAGAUCCGACUACAUAGGUCAUUGUCCCGGUAAGAUUUCCUUAUGCAUAUAAGGUUUAUUUGUUUGAUUUUGUUUUUAUUGAUGUUUAUUAUGUUUUUUUUUUCAUUUUAGGGUGCUGAUCGCAAGGAUGGAAAGAGAAUAGAGGCGGCGGCCGGAUCUGGUUCAACGCCGGAGUCGGGGGGAGGAGCUGUAGCAGGCUGUCUAGGCGGCAAUGAUGGCGAGUUGUUGCGUGGUAGUGUCGUUGUCCCUGUCCGUCCGAAGGCGUCUUCUUCCUCUUCCAUUCCUCCGCUACUUCCAGAUCUGGAAUUGAGCUCUCUGCACGAGCUUUUCCUUUCAUCCUUUGCUAUGGCGAGCAAAUCGAGAAUACUUUUGGGUUCGGGGUUUUUUUGGGGACUUUCUUCAAUUAUUCCGCAUCUGAAUGUCAUCGCAUCGAGCUCUCGCCGUUUGUACUUUUCUUUGUCGUUUGUACCCCCUUGCAGAUCUGAGUUUUUUUUUUUAUUUAGUGGUUGUUGCUUGAACGCAAUUAAUUGAAUGAGUGUGGUACUACUUAGCAGAAUCCAAAACUUGAAAUAUAUCUUCUUUGGCAAAGAUCCAGGCCAUGAUCUGGGUACGUUGGAAGUUUUUUUUUUAAUUUAUAAUGUGUCGGUUUUUCCGAAAACUAGUCUCAAAAUUACUAGAUUAUGACAACCGCAAUGACAAUAUAUGUCGUCAUAACAUAUAUGUUUGUCACAAUAGACUACCCAGAACCUCAACUAUACUGAAAGCAAAUGUGACAACCUUGUUUUAAAAUUUUGUCACAUUUGAUUUAUCCUGACGGCGAUAAAAUGACAAACCUUUGUGACAAAAUUGGUAUCUAAUAUGACAAAAUCGCCUCGUCAUAAUAGGCCGAAUUUGUUGUAGUGAAUGUACAAUUUGUUGUAAUUCAGCAAAUUAUAAUCGUAGAUUAUUAUUUUUUAUUGUAUUGAUAUUUGUAUUUAGAUUUAGAGAAUUAGGCAAGAGGCCGGGGUAUCGAUCAAAGAUUAAUGUAUAAUAUUAUACGUCAAUUUUUUUAAUUCAUAAUUCAGAUAAAAGAUAUCUUAAUUACUAAUUGUUUACAGAAUAUGGUAUACAUGCAUUCACGAUCAUCUAUUGCGAUUUUCCGGUCGAACAGCGUAAACGAUAAAGUUUUUGGGAAACUUAAUUAGAAACUUCUCUUUAGCCGAUUAAUUAAUGAAUAAUUAGCUGGAAUUGAAGCAAUAAUUAAGGAUGUAUAGUUGGGAUGGAAAAAGAAAGUGGAAGGAAGGUGGAAGUGAAGCAAGCACUAUAUAUACCCCUGGUAUGAAACACGAAAUGUUCAUCCCAGAGCUGAUCCAAUACAUCAACUUAAUUAAUUAACUUCCCUCUACCCUUACAUCGAUCUGUUGCUUUUUGCCUGGAAAUUGAAGGAAGAAAAAAAUGCCUAUAGUUACCGAGACUGUGACAUUUAGGAUGUUCUCCUCCGCCAGCGACGUUUGGAGCGCCGUCACCGCGGCCCAAGCUGUUUUCCCGAUGGCUAUGCCAAACCUCUACGCCGACAUCAAGCGCAACAGGCGCGACGGCUUCACCGAAGGCUCGAUCCGCGACAUCACUUUCGGUCCUGCUUACAGCAGGGUAGUGAGAUCGGCGAGGGAAGAGAUCGUUGAAGUUGACCAUUCCAACAUGACGGUGAAGACGACGAUGAAUGACGACGGCGCAUUCGUGCCGCAGCUCUUCGACAGCGUUGACAUCACCACGGCCGUGGUGCCUUCGUCCCGCACCAACCUUAGGGCCACAGGCUGCACACUUACUUGGUCCUUCACCUACGACAGUGCUAAGGGCAACGCCGACAUUAACAACCUCAAGAAUGUGAUGCAGACUGCGUUUCAGGAUUUGGACGACUACCUCAGGAGGGGACGUGGCAAUCGCCGAUGAACAAGACUGCCUUUCAUUGUCGACCAGGCCAUCGAUGGAUAAUGUUGUUGCCUUGCUCUUCCAUAUCGUUCCCCUCCUACUAUAAUAAGACGGUCUACUCCAUUGAUCCUCUUGUGUUGUAGACCGUCUUUUGUUUCGUAUUGUGUUGGUUUUUUUUUUAUCUUAUUGUAUCCAUGUUGUUUAAUUUCUGUAUGUCUUUCAUUUCGUUCGAUUCCCUGUGUUUCUUUCCUGAGUUUUAAUUGUCCAUGCUUGAAAUAAAGUUUUCCCGUGUUGUGUUGUGUCGUGUCGUGCAAGCUCCGGCCAUUCCCUCCUAAUUGUUCCGUAUGUUGUCAAAACCGUAUUCGAAUUUCAUUACGUUCGGAUUGUGUAGACCGCGCAUCUUUUGUUUCCCAUUGUGUUGGUCUAGAUUUGAUUGAUUGUUCUUGUUUCCCUAUGUGUUUCGUUUGGAUUCAUUCCAUGUAUUUCUUUCUUGAGUACUAUUGUCUAAGAUCCUUUUAAAUUUUGUCCUAGUUUAGGCAUUGUCCAGCUUGGGUUGAGAAAUGUCAUCCUUAUAUGGUCUGUAAACUUUGACACUCAUUCUAUGGUCUCAAAUAUGCUCGUCGAGCUUUGGUUGAGAAGUUUCAUGGUACUUUCAUUAUUUCAUAUAGGAUUUCGUCAGAGUAGGAAUGAUUUGUCUUUAUUUCUUCGAUCCACUUCAAGUGGUCGGACAUGGUUGUUUCAGUAAAUGUAUGUUAGGUUUCGGUACAAGGCAACUACCGAUUAUGCCAAGUUUAAGGACACGUCCAAUGUAGUCAAAAUCCCGAUUUUUAUCUUAAAAUCUUAUGAUUUUACGAUCUUACCUAUGGGUUCCGAUCCUGAUUUUACUGUAAAAUCUUUGAACCUUAAAAUCCCGUAAAAUCCCGAUUUAAAACUCUAAAAUCCAUAAAAUCUAUGAUUUCUACGAUUUUGUACGAUUUCAAGGUUCAUAUCAAUUGAAUCAAAAUUAGGCCGGUCAAGUUGGGUUAUGCCCAUGAACCGAGUCAAAUUUACUUUUCCCAACCCAACAUAAUGAACAACACAACCCCAACCUGAUAGUUAACCCUCAAUUUAUUUCAUUCUCUUCCUCGUAUCUUCCUCUUUCGCACGUCGGCGCCCAACUCCUUCCAUCAACGAUAUCUUCCACCCUCCCAAUUAGCUUGUAGUUUGUUCCCACCACCCUCACAAUAAUCCAAAUCUCCAUUACAUUAAAAGCUUUUGUUCAUCUCCCAAUCCUUCGGCACCACUAACCCGACCUUUUAUCAAUUAAGAAGGGAAUGCAUCAAUCAAUGAGUUAUCUUUUCAAGAUGAUGGUAAUCAAGGAAAUAUGGUUAAUAGUGAAAGUACUUCAAGUGAUCAUAAGAGUAAUGAUAUUAGUCCUUAAACAAAUAAAAACGAUGAGAGUGAGGGUGAGGAUGAUGACGAUGAUGUGUAAGUGAUGUUAAUGUUGAUCCUAACGAUCUUAUGUGAUUUUCUACUAUUAACAAUUAAUAAACAGUGAUAUCUAUAAUGUUUCAGGUUUUUUAUUUGUGUGUUUCUAUUAUGUACAAGAAAUAUAUAUGGAUUAGUUGUGUUUAUUUAGCAAACAAACUUAUCUUGGGAAGUAAUUAUGCUUUAUAUGGUUGAUUGUUAUUCAAGAUAUGCAUUUUUAUUACUAUCUAGUGUUUUAAGUAUUUAUUUUAAUAUGAACCUUAAAAUCUUACGAUUUUACGAUUUUAAUCUAUGAUUUCGAUUCUACCUCAGUUUUCGAUUUUACUUAAAAUCUAGAUUUUGACUGCAUUGGACACGUCAACCAUGUCCGAGGAAGAAGGGGAGCAAUUCUUUUUGGAAGUUACUUUCAGACGGUUUUUCUACGGCGGUUACCACUUGAAAGCUAUAAAUAAGAGGAGGAAUUGACA